AUGGAGAAAUUUCUCUUGAAAAACCAAUGUAUUAUUAAUCAGAUUAAGUUCGUGGUUUCCAUUGCUGUACUCACAGUCACCUUCCUAUCAACGUCCAUCAGACUUGCUUCCGCCAUUGAAGGGAAUGAAACCGACAGGUUAGCUUUGCUUGCUUUGAAACAACAUCUUGUUGGUGCCAAUUCUCCUGGUCCUCUGCUUUCAUGGAACGCUUCACUCCAUUUUUGCUACUGGUAUGGUAUACGAUGUGAUCGGAAUCGCCAGAGGGUCAUCGGAUUGCAACUCGUCAGACUCAAAGUAGCCGCUGCCGGCACCAUAUCUCCCUCAAUCGGAAACCUAAGUGCCCUUAGAUUGGUCAACUUAUCCGAUAACAGUUUGCAAGGAACUAUCCCCAGGGAAUUUGGGUAUUUAAAGCAGCUUCGUUUGCUUGAUCUAAGUAACAAUGAUCUACAUGGAAACAUCCCUAUAGAGCUCAACAACUGCUCAAGCAUUCAGAAUAUAAACUUAAUCCUCAAUAGAAUUACAGGGAAAAUUCCUUUCGGCAGUGGAGAUUAUCAUAUGAAGAAUCUCACCAUUCUCACCCUUGCUGCUAAUUAUUUAAGCGGGGGAAUUCCGUCAUCUUUGGCGAAUCUUUCAUCGUUGGAUUUUCUGGGCCUCUCACGUAAUCAAUUGGAGGGAAAUAUACCCAAUGAUUUGAGCAGAUUAUCCAACUUGAAAGUGCUUGUUUUCAGUAGGAAUAACCUGUCUGGAACUAUUCCUUCUUCGAUUUACAAUCUUUCAUCUUUGACCUAUAUUGACAUGGGUUCAAAUCAAUUAUCAGGGGAGAUUGCACCUGAGAUAGGCUUUUUGUUUCCAAAACUUGGGAUACUUUAUAUUGGAGGGAAAAUUCCAAGAUCGUUGGCUAAUAUCUCGAUCUUGGAUCAGCUUGAUAUAAACUCAAAUGGUUUCUGUGGACCGGUUCCUGAGAAUCUGGGAAAGCUUCAGAAUCUUACACUCUUAGCCAUUGAUUAUAAUCAUCUUGGAAGUGGGAAAGAUGGGGAUUUGGAUUUCGUUUCUUCUUUAACCAACUGCAGUGGACUGAAGGUUUUGGACUGCAGUGGACUGAAGGUUUUGGCAAUCCAUAAUAAUAGAUUCGGUGGGGUUUUACCAGAUUCUAUAACGAAUUUAUCGACCCAGAUUGAAGUGCUUUUUAUGGGAGAGAAUCAGAUUUCUGGAAACAUUCAAGGAAGUGGGAAUCUUGUUAAACUCACUCAGAUUGAUUUAGGGGGCAACUUAUUAACCGGAAAGAUUCCUAGUUCCAUUGGAAGGCUUCAAAACCUUGUAACAUUUAACCUCUCUAUGAAUCACUUAUCUGGCCCAAUUCCAUCUUCCAUUGGCAAUCUUUCUCAACUGUCUCUUCUUGAUUUGAAUGGUAACAAUUUUGAAGGAAGGGUUCCAUUGACACUCAAGAAUUGCAAAGAUAUGUCUAAGCUUUAUAUUUCAGGAAAUGAACUCCAUGGUGAUCUAUCAAAUCAGCUGAUUGGUUCUUUUGAAAAGUUGAUUACUUUGAAUUUGUCCCACAACUCUUUCACUGGUGUAUUUCCAUCUGAUAUCGUCAACUCCAAGGAUCUUGUGGAAUUAUACGUUAAUAACAACAAUUUCAUUGGUGGAAUUCCAAGCCAAAUUGGUGAGAUUUCUGGAUUGAGAUUUCUACAUAUGCAGGGAAACCACUUUAAUGGUAGCAUCCCUCUAUCUUUUGGCUUGUUGAGAGCAACUGAAAGCUUGGAUCUCUCUGCAAACAAUUUGUCAAACACAAUACCAAGUGAACUGCAAAAGCUUCCAUUUUUGGUGAGUUUAAACCUUUCUUUCAGCCGACUAGAGGGUGAAGUUCCACAGGAAGGGGUUUUCAAAAAUACCAGUCAGUUCUCAAUUAUUGGGAACCAAAAUCUUUGUGGGGGAAUCCCUGAAAUACAGCUUCCAAGAUGCUCUGAAAAUCAAGAAGCAAAGAACAAAGGAAGUGCUUUGUCAACCCAAGCCCUUCUUAUUAUGAUUCUUAGCAUCUUGAUUGUCUCGAUUUUGGUUGCAGUUAUCGUUGUCUUUGGCUGGAGAAAACGCUCAAGAAGGGAACUAAUCAAUCGCCCUGCGACGCCAUUGUUGUCUGUUGGCUGCUCGCGAGUCUCUUAUCAGGAACUUCUUGAAGCCACCAAUGGCUUCUCAGCGCCCAACUUACUCGGUGAAGGCGCUUUUGGCACUGUUUAUAAAGGAAUCCUCUAUCAACACAAAAACCCCAUUGUUGUCAAAGUAUUGAACCUUCAAAACGUUGAGGCCAGCAAGAGUUUCGAAGUGGAAUGCGAAGCUUUGAGGAAAAUCCGACAUCGGAAUCUUGUCAAGGUGAUAACUUCUUGCUCAAGCGUUGACUUCAAAGGCAAUCAUUUCAAGGCUAUAGUUUUGGAAUUCAUGGCCAACGGAAGCUUAGAUAAGUGGCUGAAAUGUGACUCUCCACGUCAUUUGAACUUUGGCCAGAUGUUGGACGUUGCUAUAGAUGUGGGGAAUGCGUUGGAUCACCUUCAUCACCAUUGUGAAUCAAUGAUCAUUCAUCGUGAUUUAAAACCGGCUAAUAUUCUGCUCAAUAAUGACAUGGUUGCACAUGUUAGUGAUUUCGGAAUAGCAAAGAUUCUUUCCGAUGCCACAGGCAAACUGGGUUUCGUGCAAGCAACUUCCUCACUCGUACAGGGAACAAUUGGUUAUGUCGCUCCAGAAUAUGGCAUGGGCGGUCCAACAUCUCGCGAAGGCGAUAUUUACAGCUAUGGAAUUCUUCUGUUGGAGAUGAUUACCGGAAAGACGCCAACGGAUGACUUAUUUAACAAUGGCUCAGGUCUCCAUAAUUUCUGUAAGAUGGCAUUAAUGUCAUUACAACAGUUGAAGGAAAUUGUAGAUUUUCGAUUGCUCAAACAAAUUAAUAAUCCCAACAAGAGUCAGAACAUGAAGGUUGAUGGCGAUGACAUUAUAUGGAAAUGUUUCGUUGCUUUCAUUAACGUUGGUGUUGCAUGCUCGGUUGAAGUUCCGUUUGAGCGAAUGAAGAUUGAAGAUGCCAUUAAAGAACUGCAUGCAAUUAAGAGAGUGUACCAAUAUCACCGUAUAGUUAAAUAG